AUGUCUCACCCAAUCCCCAUAGUUGUCAUCAAAAGAGAACCAUCCAAGAAGAGAAUUGGUGAAACCUAUGAGAAAUAUAACAAUAAGAAUGUAGAAAGAAGGCGCCAGAACGCAACUUUAUUUCCUGUAGUACAAAAAAUUCUAAAUUCAUUUCCAGGAAUCAAAAAGAGAUCGGAUAUUCUUCCAUUAGCUCAAGUCAUAUCCAAAGAAAUAGGUGUCAAGUUAGAUAGAACCGCAAAAAGAUUAAAUGAAGGAUUGAUAUGCUGGUUUUGUGAAAAUUGGGAUAAGGCAAAGAUGCAUCUCUUAAAUGCAUACAUAAUUGCCACAGGAGGUAAGCAAGCUUUAAUCCAAGAUUUUGACACCACUAUAAACGACCAUAGCAUGGAUUUGGAUAUUCCAAUUGAAUCAUUCGUUAAUGAUGUGCAACCACAUCCUGUUGUUUCUAAUGAAAUCGGCAUUUUCGAAGAAAACGAAGUCAUUAUGCCAGAUUUAUUUGAGUAA